CCGAUGAAGGAGGCCGACGCCAUCAAGCUGUUUGUGGGGCAGAUUCCCCGGAAUCUGGAGGAGAAGGACCUCAAGCCUAUUUUCGAGCAGUUUGGCAAGAUCUAUGAGCUAACUGUGAUUAAGGACAAAUACACGGGCAUGCACAAAGGAUGUGCGUUUCUGACGUACUGCGCGAGAGAGUCGGCACUGAAAGCCCAGAGUGCUCUACAUGAGCAGAAGACACUACCAGGGAUGAAUCGGCCAAUCCAGGUGAAACCAGCUGACAGCGAGGGUAGAGGAGAGGAUAGGAAGUUGUUUGUGGGCAUGUUGGGAAAGCAACAGAGCGAUGAGGACGUCAGAAGGCUGUUUGAGCCCUUUGGCAGCAUAGAUGAGUGUACUGUUUUGAGGGGACCCGACGGCACCAGCAAAGGGUGUGCUUUUGUAAAAUUUCAAGGACAUGCCGAAGCCCAGGCUGCCAUCAACAGCCUGCAUGGAAGCCGCACAAUGCCUGGAGCAUCAUCCAGUCUGGUGGUGAAGUUCGCUGACACAGAGAAGGAGCGGGGGCUGAGGAGGAUGCAGCAGGUGGCCUCCCAGCUCGGCAUCUUCAGCCCCAUGACCCUCAAUUACCCCGCCUACAAUGCCUACACACAGGCGCUUGUCCAACAGCAGGCCCUGGUUGCCCAGUCAGCAUACUUGUCUCCUGUGGCAACCGUUGCCGCCGUACAGAUGCAGCAGAUGGCGGCACUCAAUGCCAAUGGAAUCAUUGCCACACCCAUUACACCUAUCACACCGUCCUCGGGUACAAACACCCCACCAACUAUUGCAGCAACACCUGUGCCAGCUCUUCCUCCACCAAUGGGAGUGAAUGGUUACAGUAGUGUGCCAGCCCCGACCAAUGGACAACAAGCAACAGAAACACUAUACACGAAUGGCGUUCACGCAUAUCAAGCUCAGAGCCCAGCAGCAGCCUUGGACCCCUUACAGCAAGCGUACGCAGGCAUGCAGCACUACACAGCGGCGUACCCUGCUGCCUACGGAUUGGUCGGGCAGCCGUUCCCCCAGCAGCCAACACUGGUUGCCCAGCAACACCAGCAACCCCAGCAACAGCAGCAGAGAGAAGGUCCAGAGGGGUGUAACAUCUUCAUCUACCACCUGCCCCAGGAAUUUAGUGACUCUGAGAUGCUGCAGAUGUUCCUGCCCUUUGGCAAUGUUAUCUCGGCUAAGGUGUUUGUGGACCGUGCUACCAACCAGAGCAAAUGCUUUGGAUUUGUGAGUUUUGACAACCCAGCCAGUGCUCAAGCCGCCAUCCAGGCCAUGAAUGGUUUUCAGAUCGGCAUGAAAAGACUGAAAGUGCAGCUCAAAAGGCCCAAAGAUGCCAACCGCCCAUACUGAGUGACAACUGAGAGCAGGAAUAAGAAAAAAGGAGAGGUGACCCUUCAGAGUCCAGCCGAGGUGGAGUCCCAGGGUUCGUUGUGCUUUCAGACUGUCUGCUACCUUUGAGCAUCCGGAGAGUGCAGCCACAUGCACACACACACUGACACAUGCUCACACGAAUACACAUGCACUCUCAACACUGAACCUCAAAUGGUACAAGACUGAUAUACAAAUGUACAUAAAGUGCACAAACACACACAUACGCCUGCUGACACAGAUUCACACGGUUCACGCGAGUCAGUAAUUUUACCCAUACAGCCGAGAGCUUGGUUUGACCAUAGUCUGUGUGGAGUUUGCCAACAGGGUGUUUAGUACAGUUAAGACAACUCAGACCAAGUGUGUAUGGAGGGUACUGAUGAAAAAUGCUGAUAUAUCACUUCAGUAGACUUUAACAUGUCUAUACCAUGUCUAUUACAUGACAUAUAUAGAGGGACCGAUGUUUCAUAAUAAAAAAAAAGAAAGAAAAUACAAAAAAGACAAUUAAAUGAGUAGGUUAGACUUUGGAGAAAAUCCUAAUGACCUGUAAAUAAUUUAGUUUACAAAGAGCAGCAUUUAAAAAACAAGAAAAAAUGCAAAAAGAAUACUACUUUAGAUAAACACUGAACAGGACACAGCAACAUUAUUAUUAUUAUUAUUAUUAUUGUUAUUAUUAUUAUUACCACUAGUAACAUCAUCAUCUACAUAAAGGGAUAUUACAUUCCAAAUUGUAAAAUGGGA